AUGGCCAAGUUCACAGUGAGGGUUUCCACCGGAAAGGCCUUCGGGGCUGGCACGUGGGACAAAGUGUCCAUCAGCAUCGUGGGGACCCUGGGGGAGAGCCCCCCACUGCCCCUGGACCAUUUCGGCAAGGAGUUCACCGCGGGUGCUGAGGAGAACUUCGAGGUGACGCUGCCCCAGGACGUGGGCCCGGUGCUGCUGCUGCGCCUGCACCUGGCGCCCCCGGCGCUGUCCCGCCCGCUCCGCCUGGCGGCGGCCGCCGACGCCUGGUUCUGCCGCUGGGUCCAGCUCACGCCGCCGGGGGGUGCCCCGCUGCACUUUCCCUGCUACCAGUGGCUGGAGGCACCGAGUAGCCUGGCGCUGCGGGAAGGGGCAGCCAAAGUCUCACGGGCCGACCAGCACCCCGCGCUUCGGCAGCAGCGGCAGGAGGAGCUGCAGGCCCGGCGCGAGGCGUACGGCUGGAAGACUUACCUCCCUGGCUGGCCUCACUGCCUCAACGAGGCAACCGUGAAAGACCUGGACCUCAACCUCAAAUACCCUGCAGCCAAGAACGCUGCCUUCUACCUGAACAUCGGCUCUGUGGUGGCAGAGCUGAAGAUCAAGGGACUGCUGGACCGCAAAGGGCUCUGGAGGAGCCUCAGGGAGAUGAGAAGAAUAUUCAACUUCCACAGGACGCCAGCCAUCGAGUACGUGUUUGACCACUGGCAGGAGGACGCCUUCUUCGCCUCCCAGUUCCUGAACGGCCUCAACCCUGUCCUGAUCCGCCGCUGCCGCCACCUCCCAAAGAACUUCCCAGUCACCGAUGCCAUGGUGGCCCCCGUGCUGGGCCCCGGGAGCAGUCUGCAGGCUGAGCUGGAGAGGGGCUCCCUGUUCUUGGUGGACCACAGCAUCCUCUCCAGCAUCCGUACCAACAUCGUUAAUGGGAGGCCUCAGUUCUCUGCAGCGCCCCUGACCCUGCUACACCAGCGCCCGGGGCGUGGGCCCUUGGUGCCGCUCGCCAUCCAGCUCAGCCAGACCCCUGGGCCCAAUAGCCCCAUCUUCCUGCCCAGCGACGACAAGUGGGACUGGCUGCUGGCCAAGACCUGGGUGCGCAAUGCUGAGUUCUCCGUGCACGAGGCCCUCACGCACCUGCUGCAGGGGCACCUGCUGCCCGAGGUCUUCACACUGGCCAUGCUGCGCCAGCUGCCCCACUGCCACCCGCUCUUCAAGUCCACAGGCCUCGGCAUUGGAGGCUUCUCUGAACUGAUACAGAGGAAUAUGGAGCAGCUGAGCUAUGCCACCCUGUGCCUGCCGGAAGAUAUCCGAGCCCGAGGAGUUGAAGACCUCCCGGGCUACUACUACCGGGAUGACGGCAUGCAGAUCUGGGGGGCGACGGAGCGUUUUGUCUCCGAAAUAGUCAGCAUCUACUACCCAAGCGAUGAAUCUGUCCAGGAUGACCAGGAGCUCCAGGCCUGGGUGAGAGAGGUCUUCACCAAGGGCUUCUUAUCCCGGGAGAGCUCAGGUGUACCCUCCUCACUGGAGACCCAGGGAGCCCUGGUGCAGUACGUCACCAUGGUGAUAUUCACCUGCUCAGCCAGGCACUCCUCUAUCAGCUCAGGGCAGUUCGACUCCUGUGCAUGGAUGCCCAACCUGCCGCCCACCAUGCAGCUGCCCCCACCCACCUCCAAAGGCCAUGCGACACCUGAGGGCUUCUUAGCCACCCUCCCGCCAGUCAAUGCCACAUGUGACGUCGCCGUUGCCCUCCGGGUGCUGAGCAAGGAGCCUGGAGUCCGAAGGCCCCUGGGCAUGUACCCAGAUGAGCACUUCACGGAGGAGGCCCCGCGGCGCAGCAUCGCCGCCUUCCAGAGCCGCCUGGCCCAGAUCUCACGAGACAUCAGGGAGCGGAACCAGGGCCUGGCGCUGCCCUACACCUACCUGGACCCGCCACUCAUCGCGAACAGCGUCUCCAUCUAA